AUGACUCGAAGUGGGUCGCAGCCUCUUCUUGCUCUGCUGCUCCAGCUCUGCCAGAUGCCCACGCGGGAGACCAUUUUCGAGGUUUGGUUUGGAGUCUCGGAGCCGAGGACUCCCGUAGACGGGAGGGAACUGAGGUGCAUGUGUGUGCGGGAGCGCACAGCCCUGGAGCCGGCGGCCCCGAGCUAUCGCCAAAGCGGCGCAAUAGCCCCGGCAGGCCAGGAAUCUCCGCACUACCGAGCCCGCGUGUGCAACCGGGCGUGCGUGGGCGCAGCCAGCCACUGCGCAGGCGCGGACACGCUCCCCACCUCGGCCUCCGCGCGGCGCUCUGGGCGAGCGCGCGCCCCCGGCGGGUUCCGCUCCCGACAGGCGGAGGGCUGCGCGCGCACGAGAGCCGGCCGUGACGUGCGCCGCGCUACGCCCGACGUCACGGGUCCGUGUGUAGUGGCGGCCGGGCUACCCUCAGCAGAGGCUCCCGACGAGGGUGGUGCGGUCGCUGGGUGCGGUGUUCGGGGGUCCUGCGGCCCGCAGCGGCGGCGGCGACGACGACUACUACCGGGAGGCCCGGUGCUCCCGGCCGCGGAGUCGUCUCUCCUGCCCCUUCUCCGGCCUCGGAGGCGCCCGGCCCGCGGCUUCCUCCUUUUCUGCCCAGCUUCCCGCGGGCCUCUGGGCCGCGCCGGCGAGAAGGAACGAGGGGCGCCGAGAGGCCCCGGCCGGCCGCCGCGGUCCACGAGUCCGCCGCUGCGCCCGGCGCGGGCUCCAUGUGAAGGAGGGCCGGGCCUGGCCCCCCGGCCCGCGCCCGACUCCUCGUGCGCCCCUCCGGUCCCCGGGGGCCCGCAGCCUCCCUCGACCGGGGGGCGCAGUGACAGGCCGCGCGGGGGCGGAGGGGUGGGUCUGCGGCUCCAUACGUCCCCGCGGAGCGGCGGGAACCUGGUGGGAAGAGGAUUCUGGAAGUGUAGUUUGAACGUGAAAGUUGUCAUGGUACAGACUGUCACAGAGGAUGAUCAGCAAGCUUUGAACUCAAUCAUGCAAGAUUUGGCUGUUCUGCAUAAGGCCAGUCGACCAGCAUUAUCCUUACAGGAAACCAGAAAAACAAAAUCCUCAUCACCAAAAAAGCAGAAUGAUGUCCGAGUCAAAUUUGAACACAGAGGAGAAAAAAGAAUCCUUCAGUUCCCCAGACCAGUUAAACUGGAAGACCUGAGGUCUAAAGCUAAAAUUGCCUUUGGACAGUCUAUGGAUCUGCAUUAUACCAAUAAUGAGUUGGUAAUUCCAUUAACCACCCAAGAUGACUUGGACAAGGCUGUGGAACUGCUGGAUCGUAGUAUUCAUAUGAAGAGCCUCAAAAUAUUACUUGUAAUAAAUGGAAGUGCACAGGCUACUAAUUUAGAGCCAUUGCCAUCACUAGAAGAUUUGGAUAACACAGUAUUUGGAGCAGAGAGGAAAAAAGGACUUUCUGUAGUAGGUCCCACUAGUAGAGAUAGAAGCUCCCCUCCCCCUGGAUACAUUCCAGAUGAAUUAAACCAGGUUGCCCGGAAUGGGUCAUUUACCAGUAUCAACAGUGAAGGAGAGUUCAUUCCAGAGAGCAUGGACCAAAUGCUGGACCCAUUAUCUUUAAGCAGCCCUGAAAAUUCUGGCUCAGGAAGCUGUCCAUCACUUGAUAGCCCUCUGGAUGGAGAGAGCUAUCCAAAAUCACGAAUGCCUAGGGCACAGAGCUACCCAGAUAAUCAUCAGGAAUUUUCAGACUAUGAUAACCCUAUCUUUGAAAAAUUUGGAAAAGGAGGAACAUAUCCAAGAAGGUAUCAUGUUUCAUAUCACCAUCAGGACUAUAAUGAUGGUCGUAAAACUUUCCCGAGAGCUAGAAGGACCCAGGGGACCAGCUUCCGAUCUCCUGUGAGUUUCAGUCCUACUGACCACUCCUUAAGCACUAGUAGUGGAAGCAGCAUCUUUACCCCAGAGUAUGAUGAGAGCCGAAUAAGAAGGAGGGGAAGUGACAUAGACAACCCUACUCUGACUGUGAUGGACAUUAGCCCACCCAGCCGCUCACCUCGUGCUCCAACCAACUGGAGAUUGGGCAAAUUACUUGGCCAGGGAGCCUUUGGCAGGGUCUACCUCUGUUACGAUGUUGAUACAGGAAGAGAAUUGGCUGUUAAGCAAGUUCAGUUUGACCCAGAUAGUCCUGAGACCAGCAAGGAAGUAAACGCACUUGAGUGUGAAAUUCAGUUGUUGAAAAACUUGCUGCAUGAGCGAAUUGUUCAGUAUUAUGGCUGUUUGAGGGAUCCCCAAGAAAAAACACUUUCCAUAUUUAUGGAAUAUAUGCCAGGGGGCUCCAUUAAGGACCAAUUAAAAGCAUAUGGAGCUCUUACUGAGAAUGUGACCAGGAAAUACACCCGUCAAAUUCUUGAGGGAGUUCAUUAUUUGCACAGCAAUAUGAUUGUUCAUAGAGAUAUAAAAGGUGCAAAUAUUCUGCGAGAUUCAACAGGCAACGUCAAACUAGGAGAUUUUGGGGCCAGCAAACGGCUUCAAACCAUCUGUCUUUCAGGGACAGGAAUGAAGUCUGUCACAGGCACACCAUACUGGAUGAGCCCUGAAGUGAUUAGUGGAGAAGGCUAUGGCAGAAAAGCAGAUAUCUGGAGCGUGGGCUGUACUGUGGUAGAAAUGCUAACUGAAAAGCCUCCUUGGGCCGAGUUUGAAGCGAUGGCUGCCAUCUUUAAAAUCGCCACUCAGCCAACGAACCCAAAGCUGCCACCUCACGUCUCAGACUACACUCGAGAUUUCCUCAAACGGAUUUUUGUAGAGGCCAAGCUGAGACCGUCCGCUGACGACCUUCUGAGGCACAUGUUUGUGCACUGUCACUAG